AUACCUAGGAUAGGAUCCUGCGGCAGAAGGAUAUACGCAUCGGCGGCAACGGCGACGAACGCCGGGCACCGGCGGCAUAGGCGGCAUCGGCGGCAUCGGCGUUAGCGGCCUACCGGUACAAAAACGGAUCCCGAUUCUCGGACGCUUCCACUUGUCAUUUGGACCUUGAAAGUACCGCACAUACGUCGCUCGCGGAUCCCAUUAAUCAGCUACGCCCUUCGAGACGAGCAGCCGGACGCAUCGACGAUCAUUUUCUACUUCCGGUGCGCCGCGUCGAAGAUCAGCAAUUUUUCGCGAAUUUGAAUUUCGAAGACGCCUUGAGACUUGGGAGAAGAGAAUAUAGAUGUCGAAGUUAAUGGGCCGUGACGGCAACGUCUUCUUUAUUUCUGACACGCCGAAAAAAAUCAUUAGAUUAUUGAAAUGAGCUUCUUACCUACUGGGAUCUAUUAAAAAAUGGGCGAAACUACGAUAUGGACAAAAUGCGGCCUGGUGUCGUGAUAAUUAUAGCAACCGUAGGACUACUAUUUACAGAAGGGACGAGAUGCUCGCGUAGUUACAACCAUUUUGUCAAACAUCGCACAAAGCCGCGAGAAAUUCGCGGCUUCAAGCCCGAAUAUUUAUCAACUGCUAUCGGUUUCGGAAAACGAGAUACUCCCUUCGGUCUCAUCAAGCCUCGCAACCACCAAAAUGUUCUUUUGGCGUUAUUACAAAAAACUUCUCAAAAACUGGAGAAAAGAAGAAUUUUAUGCAAACAGAGGAAUAUUCACAAAAUUGCCAUGUGUGACUAAUUCACGCGGAACAACAAAAUGGAGACAAAAUAAACGGACGAUGUGAUUUGUCUUUAUGAAAAAAAAAAAAAAUUCAAUAACAAUAAUAAUAAUAAUAAUAAUAAUAAUAAUAAAAUGUGCUAUACCUUUUCUUGUAACGCCGCUUCUGCUGUGUAACAAAUUAUUAAUUAUGCCAGUUUUAGCUACAGCAAUUGGUGGAAAUUCAAAAUCGUGAUUGAUCAUGGUAUAUCCCGUGUUGAAUGUUCGUCUCAUUCGAAUUCUAAAGAAAACGAAAUAACAAAGUUAUGAUCUGCAUUUGUUGUUCAACUAUGAAAUAAUAUGGUAAAAUUUAAUUCCAAUCGAACCGAAGCAUCAUGUAUUACUUGAUCUCAUUCUUACGAUUAGACUCAACAAUCAUGUUAUAAUAAAUAAAGCACUACGAAGAAAAAAA